AUUCGAAAGCAUGUCGUCGUCGAUUGCCUCGUCUUCCAGGGCCACCAUGGCCGCCUCGUCGAUUGCCUCGUCCUCGAGGGUCAAGCUGGCCUCCUCGUCCCUCGUUCGAUCGACACAGCAGCGAAGAACAUACGCUUCAAGAUCAGCAGCAGAGGCAGUGACCGUCUCUCUGACUUUUCUCAACAAGACGGUCCGCUUCACGCUGCCCGAGCUUCCCACCCCCUUCUCAUCACCACCGUCGCCCCCUUCGCCCCAGCUUGCGCUGGCCGGCGACGAUGUCUACGGGAGCGAGUCGGCCCCGGCAGCACCCGCGACGUCGCUGCUCGAGGACCUCUGGGACGGCGUGCUGCGCGCGGUGCCCAAGUCGAAAGUGAGCCACUCGCGAAAGGCGAUGCGCUCGGCCAACAAGGGCCUCAAGGACCGCACUGACCUCGUCCACUGCGCCUCGUGCGGCCGGCCAAAGCUGGCACACCACAUCUGCGCAGUCUGCUACGGCGAAGUCAGUCGGAUCCAAAAGGCCGUGACAAAGGCACAACGGCAACAGCAGGCCGGUGGUGGUGGCGGGAAUAGCAGUACCUCGGGUUGAUGAUGGAGAGAGAAUAUGAUUGCAAAAUUACAAAAAGAGACCAAAAACUAAUGGAUGGGAAAGUUGCUACACUGAAAUGGUCUUGAAGAGGUGGAAGCCGUCUGCGCUCGUCGUCAUGAGCAUGCCGCUGAUCUGGGGGUGCCAGUGGACCUCCUUGAUCUCGCUGGCGCCGUGGUGGCAGAAGAGGAGCUGGUGCGGCACCUCGCGCCCGCCGGGCCCUUGGUAGGCCUGCAUCUCGCCCUGC